AUUCUCUACUUCAAUAAUCAAAUUGAUUUAAAUGACAAUUUUAAUGGAAUAAAAUUAAUAAAUAUAAAAUUUUAAUUAUACAAAUCAAUAGUCCAAACUUCAAUUGGUUAUUCAAUUACCAAGAUCAUUUGUCCUUCCGCCCAGCGAGGUCAACAGGGGGCGAAAGAGGGCGGAUGUCGAUCCUCUGGGAGAAAAGCCAGACAUGGAGGUGGAUUGUGCGCAUGACAAAAGAAUCGAAGCCCUUCUUCUUUACAUUCGCCGCCGUCUGCGGUGUAAUCCCAACCAUAAUCGGCUACGGAGUCAUGCAAGUCACUAACUCUAGCAACCCACAGCUCGAAGCUCAUCUCCGCCAGACCGCCCGCCCCGACUCCCUCAUGAUGGGAAAAGUAAAUCAAGACAGGCUGAAGGAAUACUUUGGGGAGCUCCAGCGGAAAGAGAAUACAAAUGACCGAUACGUGGCUGCUCUGAGGGGAGAAACCUUGACUAGAAACCCCUACGUGAGAAUUCAGCCCAUGCCCAACCCAAGCCCAAACCAAAGCACCCAAGUUCAACAAGGUUCAACAACAACAGCCGCAGCAGCGGAGAAGCAGCCAAAAUCCACAAAGCCAAGCCAACACUGAUUAUUGCAAGGAGCAGCAGAAGUAUAUGAUUAGUUGUGAUUUAGGAUUGGGAGGAUGCUCGGUGACAAUACAGCCAGCUUUGCUUACAUUUUUUUUUUUUGGUGGGGGAAGCGUGCGUGCGUGCGUUGGAAAACUUCAGUGGGUAAAAGAGAUUUUUAUUUUAGUUUUGUUUAUUUUGGAAAAUUUCAGUGGGUGAAAGAGUUUUAUUUUAGUUUUGUUUAGCGAAAUUAGUCAUAUUAUUAAUGAAAGUUUACGUAUUUGUGUGUGUAUUAAA